UUACAAUUGGUUGACAACAGUGUAUAAUCCGAAGUAUCAUCUUUCUUAAAAUUAUUGUCAUAAUUUUAACCCUUUUCUUUUGGUAUUCGUUAAAAGUGAUUGAUUAAAAGUGAAUAAGGAAAUAAACGUUAAGUUAAUUAGUUAAACGUGUCUCGAGGAAAUUGUGCCGGUAAAUAUGUGACCAUUGUCCACGUUCUUAUGCAGUGAGAGAACUCCUCGCCAUUUUACAAUUAGUUCAUCGUCAGCUUGCGAACCGUGUCGAGCCCGAAAUCUCUAUGCAACAUUUUCUCUCUCUCCUGUGCUUUCAACCGUCUCGAUAUGGUUUUCAGCUUGUAUUAAAGUUAAAAGCGGUUAAAAUAUCGCGUCUAGGCGAAUGGAAUUAAUAUCAUUUGUUACGUGUAUAUUUUCUUCUUCGUCGUUUGUACAACCAGUAACAAUUCUUCGUUACCAUCGAAGAAACGAACGGAAUAAAUAACGUCAAAUCUACAUUUGACUUUUUGGUUACGAACGUUAUCAAUCUUAAAAAUUCUAACACGUUCUACGACACGUCGCUAUUUAAAUUUGUCCAAAAAAGGAAUUUAAAGGGAAACGAAAUAAUUAAUACAAAUACAACGAAAGGAUCGUGAUUAUCUUUAUGAUAGUGGGAUGAUACAUUGAGAGUGAAGGAGGAUUCCUGCAUGGACCGUUCUCAAGAGUAAGGUCCGAAGGGAAUCAAUCCGACAUUACCGAUGGGUAGAACACAUAUGUCAAAAACGCUGAACGCUUAUAGAAUCAAGAAAAUAGAAACUAUUGGCAGGAUGACGGCCAUGACGCAGGAAGAAAUAAUGGCUGGGGCACGUACAGUGGCCCAGGGAUUGGAGGCUCUCCGGGUAGAACACAGUGGCCUCUUACAGGGAUUACAAUCGCAAGAAGCACCAUCUGCUCGAGAUAAAUCCACUCUUUUAUCGAAGAACAUCGAAAUGAUAGAAUUAGGUUUGGGAGAAGCUCAAGUGAUGAUGGCAUUGGCUAGUCAUUUACAAAUGGUAGAAGCGGAGAAACAAAAACUUAGGACACAAGUUAGAAGAUUGUGUCAAGAGAAUGCAUGGUUGAGAGAUGAGUUGGCAGGAACACAACAAAAAUUACAAGCUAGCGAACAAGCGGUUGCUCAAUUGGAAGAAGAAAAGAAGCAUUUAGAAUUUAUGACUAGUAUGAGACAAUAUGAUCCUGAUCCUUCUGCGGAUGAUGAAAAUGCUAAGGAUAGGCCGGUAGAUGAUCCCGUAGUUGAUCUAUUUCCCGAUGAUGAUGCAGAUGAUCGAAACAGUAAAUCAAUAUCACCUACACCACCAUCACAAUUCGCACAGCAAGUCAAUGCUGGAUAUGAAAUACCAGCACGCUUGCGUACUUUGCACAAUUUGGUAAUACAAUAUGCGAGUCAGGGACGUUACGAAGUAGCUGUACCUUUGUGCAAACAAGCACUAGAGGAUUUAGAAAAAACUUCCGGUCAUGAUCACCCCGAUGUUGCAACGAUGUUAAAUAUCUUAGCAUUGGUAUAUCGAGAUCAAAAUAAAUAUAAGGAAGCAGCUAAUCUUUUAAACGAUGCAUUAGCAAUAAGGGAGAAGACACUUGGUGAAAAUCACCCUGCGGUUGCAGCAACAUUAAAUAAUCUCGCAGUUUUAUACGGAAAGCGAGGAAAGUACAAUGAGGCAGAACCAUUGUGUAAGAGAGCCCUCGCUAUUCGGGAAAACGUUCUUGGAUAUGAACAUCCAGAUGUAGCUAAGCAACUAAACAAUCUCGCAUUAUUAUGUCAAAAUCAAGGAAAAUACGAAGAGGUGGAACGUUAUUAUCAACGAGCUUUAGAAAUAUACGAAGCAAAGCUUGGUCCAGAUGAUCCUAAUGUGGCAAAAACGAAAAAUAAUCUUGCUUCUUGUUAUUUGAAACAAGGCAAAUAUAAGGGCGCAGAAAUUCUAUACAAACAAGUAUUGACUAGAGCACACGAGAAAGAAUUUGGUGCUAUUGAUGAAGAUAAUAAACCUAUUUGGCAGGUUGCGGAAGAACGAGAGGAAAAUAAACAUAAAAAUAAAGAAAAUACUCCUUACGGCGAAUAUGGUGGAUGGUAUAAAGCGGCUAAGGUCGAUUCCCCAACGGUUACGACUACAUUGAAAAAUCUUAGUUCCCUAUAUAGAAGAUUAGGCAAAUACGAGGCUGCAGAAACUCUUGAAGACUGUGCCUUUAGAUCAAGAAAAGAGCCAGUACAGCAGGCAUUAGAUCUAGUGAAACAAGCUAAGGUGGCUCAAAUCUUAGGAGAUGAUAAAGGAACAACUAGACGUGGAUCACGAUCGAGUUUUGCUAAUAGUGAACACGAACAACACGACGAGGAUCAGAAAUACUCAGUUCGUGCUCAAUAAAGGACAUGAUUUAAGAGAACUAAAGUGAUAAAUAUGAAGCAAUUUAUAAGGGCUCUGCAAUAUUUUCACCUAAUGUUGACUGAUGUCCUAUGUCUGGGUCGUUUGCAUAUACGGCACAUUCCAGCUGCUUUUAACCAGAUGCACUAUGUGAAGUUCAUUUUAAUCUCAAAUAUUAGCUUUACAUUAGCAAUUGAUGAUUGUUAUAGCAGUAUCAAGGUAAAUCGAUCCACUCUGCUUAACAUUUAUCUAAAUCAAAAUGCAAGCUGUAAUGUUGGCAUACAAAACUAAGUUAAUUUUCACUCAGAAUCAAAGAAGAUAAUAUUGACAAUGAUACUGGCCAAAUUCAAACUUUUAACAAAUUUAAUAAAACGAUUAAAUAAUAACGAGCGUUUUAAUUAGAAUAUUCGGUUUCUAUACAUUUUUGAUAGUUGUAUGCACACAUAUCUUACAUUAUUCAUACAUGCCCUAUAUGACAUUGCAUAAUCAUUCCAUAAACUAGCUUCAAUUGAAAGGGAAUCAGUGCUUUAGGGAAUGUUUGUAUGUCGCUUGAAAGUUGAAAUACAUGUAGCAUUACACUCUAUGCACGUAGAAUUAUGUGAGCAUACCGUCAUUAUAAUUAAGGCUAUCAAAGUGUAUAUUUAAAAAAUAAAAGACAAUGCCAGAGCAUUUUUAAUUAUUACAACAAAUCUAACAUCUUUAACUGGAUUGGCACAACUAUUUACAAUUUUUUGAAGUAAACUGAUUUUAAGUUUUCUUUCUAUACAUAUAUAUGCUGCAUGUAUGCGUAUACAUGCAGUAUAUAUCUGCAAUACUUAAUUUAUAUAUCAUCCUCUGUUUUCUCUAGUAUAAUAUUAUUUAUCAGAAAGAAAAUGAAAUUUACUUUAAAAUCAUUUCAUCUUCAUAUAUUAAACUAUAUAUUUAUAUUUCGAGCCACCAACUUUGUGAUAGGCUGUGAGUGGUAUAUUAUUUUUAAGUUUAAAACAAAAAAAUGAGAUAUGAAGAACAUUUGAAUCCGUCAAAUCCAUCUUUUAUUAUACCAUAGAAAUGUGGUAAUGAAAAUAUGUGAAAUUGUGCAAGUAAUAUUGUUGCAUCAAUCGUUAGUUGUAAUCUUUGUUUUGUUUAUGUGAUUAUGACUAUCCCAUUGUAUUCAGUAUGAAGCUAUUAUCGAAGAAUAUAUUGGUCUUAUUAAUGUA